AAGCAGGAACUGCUGAAGGUGCAGCGGAGAGUUUCAUUAAGGAAAAGUUUGGUGUUGGUGUCACGGAGAGCUUCACAACGGCCAGAAGAUGCUUAUAAAGGAGUUCCGAGUUGUUCUCCCUAUUUCGGUUGAAGAGUAUCAGGUGGCCCAGCUGUACUCUGUGGCCGAGGCCAGCAAGAACGAAACAGGAGGAGGAGAAGGAGUGGAGGUACUAAAGAAUGAACCCUAUGAGAAGGAUGGGGAGAAAGGACAGUACACACACAAGAUCUACCACUUGCAAAGUAAAGUACCAGGAUUUGUGCGUAUGCUUGCACCUGCUUCUGCCCUUAAAGUCCAUGAGAAGGCCUGGAAUGCGUAUCCAUACUGUCGCACCGUCCUUACAAAUGAAUACAUGAAGGAUAAUUUUAUGAUCAUGAUUGAGACGUGGCACAAGCCUGACUUGGGGGAACAGGAUAAUGUCCAUAAGCUUGAUGCAGAAACAUGGAAGAAGGUUGAGGUUGUUUACAUUGACAUUGCAGACAAGAGUCAGGUGGAUCAGAGGGACUAUAAACCAGUGGAGGAUCCAGCCACAUUCAAGUCAGUGAAGACUGGAAGAGGACCUUUAGGACCUGAAUGGCGGAAAGAGCUUUCUCAGAAGACAGACUGUCCUCACAUGUGUGCCUAUAAACUCGUCACUGUCAAGUUUAAAUGGUUUGGUUUACAGAACAAAGUGGAGGGUUUCAUUCAUAAGCAAGAGAAGCGUCUGUUUACCAACUUCCACAGACAGCUCUUCUGUUGGAUGGAUAAGUGGGUUGAUUUGACAAUGGAUGACAUUCGACGAAUGGAAGCGGAGACACAAAAGGAACUUGAUAAGAUGCGAGAAAAGGACCCAGUUAAAGGGAUGUCUGCCUCAGAUGAGUAAGGCCCUGCAGCUAUAUUGCCCAGGAAGCAGCAGUAUUGAAUACGUCACGGGCAGUGGUGUUCGAGAGGACCACCCUCUUCCUGAUCCACUUAAAUAUGGUGCCUCUCUCAAUUCUUCUCCAACACCAAGGAGCUCCUAGACACUGUAAAACCCUUCACAGAUGAUUCCUACACUAAACUAGAAUAAUGUCAUUCAUCAUGUUUUAUUUUUAUGAUUUAUUUGCUUUUAUUUCAAACAUUUGUCAAGUCUCCCCAAAAUUUUUUAUUAUGCUGACAUUUUUUUGUUUAUUUUUUAUGUAUCCUAUAAAUUGCAUUACUGUUAUUGCACGCCCCCGCAUUGCUGCUUUUACUUUUGUUCUCGUUCUUCUGACUAGCUUUAUUCACUUGUUUCACUUGUUUACUCCACUGACAUGUGCUCCCUAAGCUGCCUUGGGGGUAACAAACCCAGGUUGCCCUGACUGCAUAUAGAUAGGUGGUUUUUGUUAAAUUUUUUGUCAAACUUCUACACACACCUCCCACCCGUUUGUACACAUUUGAAGAUGAUAGUUGUAAGCAGUAUGGUGUAAUCGUGUUUACAUAAAAUAACCUCAGCCUGAUUAUUAUGCACCAGUGCUUGACGGAAUGAGGUUAUUUGGCGCUGAUGUGACUGUUUUCACUAUAAUAAAACCAUUUGAGCUGGAAUUAUUUUAAUUGGUCUGUACGUGUAGAGUUCUCUGCUUUGCCUCAGUUUUAAACCGAGGCUUAUACGGUAGUGUAUUUAUUCAGGGUGUUAUGCAGGCUGUUGAGUUUUCUGUCUCUGAAUUAUGUAACACUGUUUUGGGCUGACAACUUUCUACUCCUCUUUAAAUUCAAUUAAGGUUUAAAACGGAAAAUGAAUCAGUCAAAAGAAGGACUUAUAUUUGUAUUGGCACUCCUCUCCCUCAAUAAAGUCUAUUUUCUGUGCAGAUUUGUUUUUCUGUUUUAUUGUAAUGUAUUCUUGAAACUUACCUGAGUAUGGCACCCAUGCAACCUGCUCCAUUACUGUGCAACCUCACAGACUAUUGAA